UCGCGGCGGGCGCGGCCGAGGCUGCGGGGCCGCAGAGGCGGCGGCGACGGGGCCGCGUCGGGGCUGAGGGGGCUCGGCGGGCUCGGGGCCGCGGCCGCCCCUCCGCUGCCCCGCAGCCAUCGUGGAAUUAUGUGGAAAUGGGGUAGUGGAGAUGAUUCUCCUUCCCAAACAACAGCUGCGGGCUCCGGGAUCGUGGGAGGCGCGGCGGUGACGGAUCUGACGGAGCAGCUGACGAGCACCGAGCAGCUGCUGGCACAGCUCAAGGAGCUUGUCAGGGAGAAGGAUGCUGAGCUCCGCAGCAAAGAUCUGCAGUUAAAGGAGGAGAAGGAAUCUGCUGAUGCCAAACUUUCCAAGCUGAAGCUGCAGAACAAAGCCAAGGUUGCAUCAUUAACCUCACAGCUGGAAGAACUGAAGAAGCAGUUACCAGUGGCAGGAGGCUUAGAGACCAAAGCAGAACCAAAAAAGGCAUCCAAGGAUGGAGACCAGGAAAAUGCUGCAGCAAACCGAGGGAAAAUAUUAAUGCUGAGAAGGAGAAUUGAGGAGCUGGAAUCCCAGAUCACACAGAAAAAUGAAGAGUUACAGAAGAAGGACGCGGAGCUGGAGGCGCAGCGCGGCCGCGGGGCUGACAUGGAUGCCAUGCUGGCAGAGAAGGAGAAGAGGCUGGCUGAGAGGGAUGCUUACAUCAGGGAUUUGCAGGUGGCCUGUGGGUCCAGUGAUGCUGCCAAGGAAAUGUUCCUGCCCAGUGAGGAACUGAAGAACCAGCUGGCAGCUAAGGAGUCCUCACUGCAGAGCAUGGAGAUCCUGGUGCAGAACCUCACCAAGAAGGUGGGAGACAGUGAAGAAAAAUGCAGCUUGUUCCAGGAGCAGAUUGAGAGUCUGAAAAACAGUCAAAACAAGGAAAGAGAACACUUCCAAGGAAAAGAAGCUACGUACGUGGAAAAUAUACGUUUGUUUCAAAAUAUUAUCCAGGAAAAGGAGAGGGAGCUGGAAGCACAGAGGGAAAAGCAUGAGCAGGAGCUUUUUAGAUUAGCUGCUAAAUCUGAUGCAAGUGCUGACCUAGAACAGCUACUGAAGGCUCUGAAACAGAAGCUCCAUGAAAAGGAAGAAGUCAUGCUGGGAAGGACACAGGUGAUUGAUGUCUUGCAAAAAGAGCUGGAUGCCAAGGACCAGCAAUUGAAAGAGAUUAAUGAAAACCUGAAACGUCUUCUGUCUGAAAAAGAAAACCUCCAGUCUAAACUGGAUGCUGAGAAACAUGUAAUGAGAGCUCAAUUAAAAGACAUGAUGGAGAAACACGAGCUUGAAAUGACAAAAGUGAAGGCGAAACACAAUGCUGAACUGCAUGAAAUUCAGGAGAAACAUGAAACUGAGCUGCAAGAGAAGGACCAGGCCCUGCUUCAGCUGCAGAAACAGGUGGCAGAGUUGAGUGCUGGUGGCCAGAGUGAAUCCAAAGAAAUCAAAGAUCUGGAAUCUGUAACCAAAGAGAAGAUGGAGGAUUUGGAAGUCCAAGUGAAAUUGAAAACAGAAGAGGCCAGCAAAUCUGAAGCCAAGUUUUUGAAAAUGAAGGCUUGGUCUAAAUCAAGAAUCAAACAGCUGGAGGAUGAACUGAAAAAUUUUUCCUCAAAGAACAAUGAUGUAUCUGCCUUAAGCAAUCGUGUGUCAGAAUUACAAGUUGAAAAUGAAGAACUACAGUCAAAACUGCAGUCAUUGCAUGAAAUCAAAACUCAGAAUGAGGAGCUGCUGAAAAAGCUGGAGCUGUAUGAAGAGCAGCAGAGGAAGCUGCAGGCUGAUCUUGACCAAGUUACAAAGAGAGCAGCUUCACAGGCCAGCGAAUCAGGUAGCGUGGAUGAAUUGCAGAGUCAGCUCUUGGAAUGGCAGGAAAACGUCCCGGAGUCAGAGGAGUCCCGGGAUCAGGUCCGAGAAGAGAAAUCUGCCAUGGCCCUGAGAAUGGCUCAGAUUGAGGAGGAGAGAGAAGACAUAGUCUCAGGGCAGCAGGAGCUGGAGGAGGAACUGGCCACAGUUCAAGGAAUGGGCAGGCUGCAGCAGGCAAGAAGAAAAGGCAGUCAGACCAGCAGGAAGCUGCAGGAAGAAUUCCCCUUCGCUGGCAAACAAGGCUUCCAAGAGCUGAAUGUCACCUUGGAUAGCACUGACUCAGCUGAAGGAGAGAACAUGGGAGGUUGGUGGCCAGAGUACCCUUCACCCAAUGCAGGUUUACGGAGUGUGGUUGAAGAGUUGGAAUUGGAAAGAAACCAACUGCAGGAGCAAAUACUUUUUCUGGAAGAGCGUUGUCAGGAUUUGGAAGACAGAUUUCAGCUUCAAGGUAGAAUGGAGGCUCUCCAGAACGAAAACGAGCGUUUGCAGACUCAGCUCACCCAGCUGCGCAGCCAACAAAUGCGAGAUGUGGAAAAGCAUCAAAUUCUGAUCUCUGGCUUGAAUGAGCAGCUUAAAGGAUUAAGUGACAGAAAUAGUUUCCUUGAAAAUUCACUUGGAGAAAGAGAACAAAAACUGGUCAGCACGACAGAAAAGCUGGAACAAAUUGAAACUUUGAGGAAACUGCUUCAAGAAAAGGAUAUUCUGAACAAAGAGCUUGGUGAAAAGUUUGUGCAUGCUGAGCAAAAACUGAAUGAAGCCUUAAAGAAAUGCAGUGUGUAUGAAGUGGAGAACGUCGAGCAGAAAACAGCCAUCAGUGAUCUCACAGAAAGAGUCGCUACACUGAAGGAAAAGACCUUGAAACAAGACAGCGUGGUGGAGUCCAUGCAGCUGGACCUGGACCAGACGAAUGAAGAGCUGGACAAGUUGAAUUCAAGCCAUUUGGAAGAGAGGUCUCAACUCAUUCAGGAUCUGCAGAAACGUGAAAGAGAAAUCGAUAAUCUGAAAGAAGCACUGGCAGAAAAAGACAGGGAGAUGUCUGUCCUGUCUCUGAACAUGACAGAAUACUCUGAGCAGGUUAUGAUCCUGAAGCAUCAAGUGCAAUGCAAAGAGGAGGAGAUGCGAGGUUUGGAGGAGGCUUUAUCAAAGGCAGAAAGGGAAAUGCACUUGCUGAAGGAGGUACAGACAGCUGAUGUGAGAGAUGCCAGCCUGAAGAUCUCUGCCCUUUCUGAGCAGGGUGACGCCAUGAGAACGGAGCUGGAGAGGGUUAGAGCUGAGAAUGCAGCUAAAACCAAAGAAAACGAGGAAUUAAUAAGGCAGAGCACUGAGAGCAGUGUGACCAUUAAGGAUCUGCGUUCCGAAAUCAAGGCCAGCAGUGUCGCGUACCGUAACAAGCUCGCGGAGUGCGAGUCGCAAAUUACUCUGCUGAAAGAGCAGAUUACCAAAUCAUCCGAAAAGCUGCAAGAAACACAGGAUAAACAAAGAAAGGAAACGGAAUGUUUGAAAUCUCAGCUUGAGGAAAACAGUGCCCUGAAGGAGAAAUGGAACAGUUUGCUUAAAGAGAAAGAGAGCAAAGCACAGACAUUGGAAAAUGAGUUAAAGUCAAUUAAAGAUUCGUACAACAAACUGGUUUUGGAGAACGCUAAAAAAGAGGAAGAAUUGGCCGAGUUAUCCAGAAAACUCACAGAACAUACUGAUCAUGAGGAAACAGCUAAAAAAGAGCUGCAAGAGAAACAAGAGCUCAUUAUUUCAUUAGAGCAGAAACUUGGCGCUUUGGAGAAGCAGAAUGAAGAGACUAAACUUAAAUUAAUUGGGGAUCUGAAUGCCAAAGAGACGUGUUGCAAAGAACUUAAUGACCAAUUAAAUGAAAUGCAUAAACAAAUUCAAAAAUGGGAGAUGGAGACACAAGAGAAAGCUUCAGCUAAUAGCGAAUUGCAGGCAGAUCUUGAAGGGAAACAAGAAAAAUUGGCAGAGCAAAUACAAGCAAAUGAAGAUCUGAAAAAAAGUAUAAGUACAAUGGAAAAAGAGAAGGAACAGCUAAUCAGAGAAAAUGAGAAUUUGUCCAAACUCCUGGAUGUAAAAGAGUGUGAGUUGUCAAAGAAAAGCCAGGCUGUGGCAGAAUUGGAGAAUAAGUUAUCUGUUAGCACUGCUGAGUACGAAAAAACUCUUUCAGUACUAAAUUGCGAUAAAAACACUCUGGCAAAAGAGAUGGAACAACUGUCAGUAGUUGCCAAGCAAAAGGAAAGUUCAGUUGCAGAACAGCUGGGGAAGAAAACAAAGGAAUGUAAUGUGCUGGCUGAGCAGUUGUCUGAAAGCAAGGAACAGACCCAACAGUUGCAUGAACAAGUGCAAUCACUGCUCAUUCAGCUGAACGAGAUUAGAGAUGAGGAAAUAAAGAAAGAAGAGAUGUUAAAUAAUAAAUUAUCUGAAUGCAGUGGUCUAAUCCAAGAGCUCAGCCAUAGCAAGGAAAAGAAUUUACUCCUGCAGGAACAAAUUCAAAGCCUGACUUUGGAUUUUGAAACUGCAAACAGGUCUCUAGAACAGAAAAAUCUUCAAAAUGAUUCAUUACGUAAGGAAAUGGAAGAGAGUAAGGUUUGUGUUGUGGAGUUACAGGAUGAAAUAAAAUAUCUCAAAGAUGAAAGAACUAAAUUAACUCAGUUGGUAGAGGAAAGAGACCUGGCUGUGAAAAGUCAGGGUUCAGAACUUGAGAUGUUUCAGAGGCAAAUUUUUGACAAAACACAAGAAAAUACAGUGUUAAAUAAUCAGCUACAGCUAUUAAGCAAAGAAGUGGAGGUGCUUAGGCAUGAAAAAGAGGACUUUUCAAGGUUAUUGAGCGAGAAGUCACGUGAAUGUGAAUGUCUCCAGUCUGAAAUUAGUUCAGCAAGGCACCAAGUAGAAACAGCAGCUCUAGAAAAUGAAAAAUUGAAAGCACACAUAGAGACAGUUAAUGCUGGAGUAAUCAAAAAGUCAGAGGAGAUAGCUGCUUUAACUUCACACCUGUCCCAACAAAGUCAUAAUAUUUUAGAUUUGAAGGACCAAAUGGACAGCCUGUUGAUGGAGAAAGAAAAGUUAAAAACUGCCUUUGAGGAAAAAGAAAUUCUCCUUUCUGAAAAGGAGGCUUUGAUUCAGGAAGUGAAAGAUAAAGCGGCAGGAGAAGCGCGAUACGUGGAGUUCAUCGCAGAUCUGCGGUACCAAAUUCAAGCCCUGAACUUUGAAACCGAUGACCUCAGACGUGCAAUGCAGGAAAAAGAAAGUGAAUUUAAGUUAUUAAAAGAUAAAUCUGAGGAGUCUGAUGUACUUAGGGUUCAACUGUCUGAGAAUAUGGAGGUUAUUUCUAACCUUCAGAGUCAGCUUAAAAACAUGACAGAACAAUUGUGCCAGUUGGAUGAUUCGGUUUUACAGAAAGAUGCAUCUUUAAAAGAAAAGAUACAUGAAUGCAAUAGUUUAAAAGCACAGCUUUCUGAGGUGCAGGAUUCUUGUGCUGUGCAGGAGAAACAGUUGCAGCUUUUAGCCUCUGAAGCAGAACAGUUAAAAGUACUUGUUUCAGAAAAAGAAUCAGCCAUCAAUAAUAUUUCAAUAUUCAGUGAGAAUUUGAAGAUGCAACUUCAAGAGAAAGAGACUGAGUGUGGUGUCUUAAAGAAACAGGUGGCGGAGCUGCAGGAAGAGAAAGAGAAUUUCCAAAAAGAAAUAGAGCAUCAGAAGAAUGUGAUAGUUGAGAUGGACCAGUCCUUAUCAGAAAAGGAAUCAUCUCUUACAGAAAACAAAAGUCUCCUGGAAACUCUGAAGGAGAAAGCAGGGAAAGAUGAAGAGAAGGCACAUUUAAUUUCUCAGCUCCAAAGUCAGGUCCAUGAACUAACACAAGAACUACAAAACUCCAAAGAGCUAGUCCAUGAGAAAGAAAAUGCCUUUUUAUCUCUUCAGGAGAAAAUUGAAACACAGUACGAGCUGAAAACUGAGUUGAACGUGGCUCUUGGGCACAAAGACGAAGUUAUUGCUGGACUGCUGAAUUCCUUAAAGGAGAAGGAUGCCAGCAUACAGUUGGCAGAGGGCAGUGUUAAUGCUCUUUCUAGUGAGGUUGAUGUUCUCAGAUCCAAAUUGGAGGAAAGUGGAACAGCCAUGAAAAAACUGACUGAGGAAUUUCAGGAAAAGAGCGAGAAGCUUGAUAAUCAUCAGAAAAAAAUUGAUUCGUUGACUGUUGAGCUUAACUCCCUUAAAAAUGAGCACCAGAAAGCACUAGACCAAAUAAAUACCCAGGAACAAGAACUCCAGCAGAAAGACUUGGCUGUGGAGUCUCUGCGUGUGACGUGCUCUGAACAGGCUGAGAAAUUGGAAUGCUUGAAGUUGGAGUUGAACAAUGUAAAUUCCAAAUCAUCUCAGGACUGCCACGACAACGUGCUUUUAAUAAAUAGUUUGCAAUGUCAGGUGGAGUCUUUAGAGAAAGAAAAAAACCUGUUGCAAGAUGAUGUUGGUAAACUGACGGCUGAAAACACGCAACUUACUGCAUCUCAGGCUGACUUGCAAAAGAAAUUGGAAGAGCUCCGGGAAAUCCAUGAAAAAUUAGAAACCAGUGAGAAUUAUUCGAGGAUGCAGAUAGAUGCUGUCAAACUGCAGAUGAAGACUGAAAAAGAGAAGUUACAGAUGCAGGUUAGUGUGAAGGGUGAAGAACUUUCUAAAUUAGAACUUAAAUGUCAAACUCUUGAACAAAGUCUGCUUGAGUCAGAAAACAAGUGGGUGACAGAACUUGAUAGGGCAAAUUUACAAAACAAUGAUCUUACUGAGCAAUUGAGCAGUUUAGAGAGUGAAAUGAAAUCAAAACAUAGCGAAAUCCAGUCUUUGCAGCAAGAGCUGGAUCUUAUAAAAGAGAAAUUAACUCGGAGCUUAUCUCCAUUACUUAGUAGUGGGAUUUUAUGUAAAGAAAAGAAGGCACAAAUUUCAGAUUCUGAACUGCAGCCAAGCGAUAGUAAAACUCUGUUGGAAAAAUUCUCCACUCUGGUAACAGCUAUUCUGAGCAAAGAAACAGAAGGAGAACGUUUGCAACUGUCCCUUUUAGAAAAACAGAAAGAAAUAGACACCUUGAAAGAUGAAUUAAAAAGUGUGGAGUUGCUUGAGAAGCAGAAGGAGGUGCUGCAGAGUGACAUGGAAAAGAUGAAGGGCAAAUACACGUCUGAAAUGGAAUGUCUGUCAAAAGAAAUGGUCUCACUCAGGGAAACAUUAGGUAAACAAGAGUGUCUCGUGAAAGAAAGGGAGGAGUCUUUGGCAGGAAUGAAGAAGCAGGUGGAAUUUCUUCAAGACAAGGUGAAUGAAUCAGAGGAAACGGUAAGAACUGGCCAAGAAAAGCUGCAGGCUGAAGGUAAAAAAGUAGCAAGUCUCCUUGAAGAACUGGGGGAAAAAGAUGACCUCAUCAAAACCUUAACAUCCCAAGUCAAUCAGCAGAAGGAUUUAAUUUCUGGUCUAAGCCAGCAAAUGAAAGAAAGAGACUCCUCUGUUACCCAGGUCAUGGAGUCGUUGUCUAAUGAAAUGCUGAGUUUUUCUGAAGAGAGGAAUUCAUUGAUUGCCAAACUGCAAGACCUUGAAGCUGUUCAUAACAGCUCAGUGGCAGAGCUGAACGGAGUGUUGCAGGAACUUGGGGAUUGUAAGAAAGAGCUGGAGCAUAACCAGGUUGUGUUAAGCACUAGAGAGGCUGAGUUUCAAGAUUUAAUGAAUGAAAAAGAGGAGAUGAAGUGUAAUCUUGAGAAAAUGGGAAAGGAGAAAGAGAAUCUGAAAAAGAAGCUUCAAGCAGCGCUGAUAGUAAGAAGGGAUCUAAUGCAAAAAGUUGGGAAAUUAGAAAAGAGUGGACAGGAAGAAAUAGAAAAAGAGCAGAAAAAAGCAGAGGAGCUGUUGAAGCAAGUUAAUGAGUUAACAGACAAACUCAAGCUAACUGAAGGACAAAAUAAUGAUCUCGAGGCUCAUCUUGGAACUUUGAAACAACAACUUGUAGAAAAAGAUGCCAAGAUAAUUGAUCUGACCAAAACCUUAUCUUCAAAAGCAUCCCAUGUAGAGAAACUUCAGCACAGUAUCACAGAACUGAACGAUGUCAUAGCUGAAAAACAAAAUGUUUGUGAGCAGAACCUAAAGUCUUUAGAGGAGAAGGACCGUAUGCUUGCUCAUCUGCAAUCUGUGCUUAAUGAAAGAGAAAGGGCAUAUCAAGAGGAACGUUCUCAGUUGCUCUUGACUCUUGAAGAGGUGAAAUCUGAACUUAAAAAGAAGGAAGAAUUGUUAAAAAAAUCCAGUUUAGAAGAGCCUGGCUCAAGUCCUGGAGAAAGGAAUGAGUGUCUGAAUCCCAACAAUGAUGUUAAUGCCAUGAAUCAAUUACAAAAAGAAAAAGAAGCUUUACAGAGGCAGCUUUUGGUCAUGAAAGAAGAUGGGAAAAAAUUCGAGCAAGAAAGGGAAGAGCACAUGAAACUGGCAGCAGAUUUUGAGGAGCAAAAAACCCACCUUGAGCAGCUCAGGCAAGAACAUAAAGCACUCUGGGAAGUUCUCCAAGCAAAAUGUAAAGAGCUGGGCUUUAACUGGUUAGAAGGGAAGGAGCUGGUUCCACCCAAGGCACUGCUGGGAGAAGAACAGGCUGACCCAGGGAAUUUGGGAUCAGACAAACCGAGAAACAAGGUUCAGGUUGCAUCCUUGGAGGAGUCAGAAAACAUGAUCACUGCUGUGCCAAGUGAGGACACCGAGCUAAAAGAACUAAGAAGUGAUUAUGCAAAACUUCAGGAGGAAACAGAGAUGUUAAGGAGAGAGUUGAGAAAAAUACUGGUUGAAUUUGAUGAUGGUAAAGAAGAAACCAUCAGUUUGAAAUCGUUGAGACAGCAGGAGCAAUGUCAGGGCAGCUUGCUGGAGGCCAUCAAGCACCUACAGAUAAAGCUGAAAGCACGUGAGACUGAGACUGUAGAGCUCAAGGCAGUGCUUGAACUUGUGAAUAAUGAGAAAAAAGCACUUGUACAAAAAAGUGAAGAGGAUCACAGGAUGAGCCAGGAGGAGCUGCAGAGGUCAAGAAUUCAAGCUAAGCAGGAGGUUGCAGAAAAGAAUGAGGAAAUAGAAGCACUAAAACGUUCGCUUACAGAUUUAAAAGAGAAACUUGAUCUGGAAAAGGAACUAUUAAACAAAGCCAUAAAGGAGGGCCAGGAAGAAGCCCACCAUUACAAAACAGCAUUUGAAGACGUGAAGAAUGAAAAAGAGGAACUUCUCACCUCUGUGGAAAAGUCCAAUUUGGAACUAAUGAAGAUGAAAAAGGAGGUAGAACAUUUCAGGGAAGAAAACAAAAGUCUUGCGGCAGAGCUGUGUAGGCUGCGUGAGAAGGCUGAGAUGAGUAAACCUGUGGUGUCAGGUAAAGAGCCUAAGGAAGAAAAUGGGACUGAAAAAGAAUUGGGAGAGGUUGGUGCAGAAAAUAAUUCCCUUCAAGGGAAUUUGGAAGGAAAAGUCACCGCUUCUCCACUGUCAGAGACUGAUUACUCUGGGAAAACUAAACUGAGGGCAGCAACAGAAUGCGAAAUCCAGAAACAAAUGCAAACAGUGGAAGAGCCACGGGCAAAACCUGCAAAUUUAAAUGAUUCCAAAGCCCUAGAGCCAAGAGCUGUAACAGAAGAGCCAUCCAGAGAGCGCCUCCAAAGGAAAUUACAAGCGGCUUUAAUAUCGCGUAAAGAAGCGCUGAGAGAAAACAGAUGUCUAAAGGAGAAGAUUGAUCAGCUGGUGUUGGAAAGAGAAGAACUGGUGAACAAGGCAGGAAUGCUGGAGCACUUGGUGGAGCUUGGCAGAGAAAAGCAGAGUUCAAGUGCUGUGGCUUCGUUGCCCGGGGAGGAGAGCCUUGCUUCGGAAAACGCGAGGCUGCUGACUGAAAACGAAAACCUCACUGCGGCAUGCGAGAGUCUGAAAUCCACCAUGGAGUCCAUAGUUCAGGAAAAAGAGGCCUUUUCUUUCCAGUUAAAUACCUUAAAAGAUUCUCAGACAGUUGAAUUGACAGGAUGGAAGGCUAAACAUAGCGAAUUGAAGCAGGAGUAUGAGUCGCUUCUUCAGGCGUAUGAGAAUAUCAGUAGUAAAGUGGCAGAUAUGAGGCAAGCCAUUGAUCUCAGUAGGAAGGAGAAGCAGGAGGCUGUGCAAAGACUCAGGGAAGGACAGUCUGAAAAGGAGGCUCUGCAGAAGCAGCUACAAAAUCUCCUUGAUGAAAAUGAGGCUGUUAAGAAUCAGCUGAAACAACUCGGUGAAUCCAAGAAAAGGGAGGUUGAGGAGUUGCAGAGCAAAGCAGAAAGGCAGAUCUGUGAGCAGGAGGCCAGGAUGCAGGAACAUCAGGAUCGUCUGUGUGAGCUCACUGAGCAGAACCAUCAGCUGAUGGAGGAGAACGAGCAGCUGAAACAAACCUCUGAAAACCUAAAGCAGGCUUUGGAGAAAAUUCAGAACGAGAAUGAUGUCCUUCAUAAUGACAUCACCGUAACUAAAGCAACCUUGGGGGAACUGCAGGUUCAAAUGGAAGUGUACCAAAAUGAUACACAAUCCAAAAUCAGCAAUGCAUUAUGUGACAAUGAAUCCCUGUUAAAGGACAUUAAUGUGUUAAAGGAUAAACUCUCUGAAAAAGAACAAGCUGUCCUUGUCCUAGAACAAGAAAGAGAGCUAAUUUCAGAAAAAGCGCAAGAAACUGAGAAAUCUUUGCUCCACAAAACUCAUUGUCUAACAAAGGUGGACACGGAAUGUAAAAGUCUAACACAAGAAAUUGUUAGUCUAAACGAAAAAGUUAAGAUCUUAGAGGAUGACAAAUGUCUGUUACAGGAAGAGUUAGAAAAUGUACAAGAAAGUUCUUACAAAGUCAAGAGUGAGAAGGAAUUCCUUGAGACAGAACUGCUCAAUCAUGUUAAAAAAGUUGAUCAUCUUACUGAUAGGAUGAAAUCAGUACAGGUGCAGAAUAACUUGCUGUUACAGCAGCUGGAAGAGUUAAAGGCAGAAAAAUCAAAUGUGGUUAGAGAAAAGGAGGAGCAGCAGCUCCAUCUUGUGAAGGUCUUUGAGGAGAAGGUGAAAAGUGCUCAGAGGGAUAACAGUGGGACUAAAAACAAAACAAAAGAAUUGCAAGAACUCUUAAAGGAGAAACAGCAGGAGAUCAACCAAUUGCAAAAGGAUUCUAUAAAGUUCCAGGAACUGAUCCUGGAUUUGGAAAGAUCUGUGAAAUUGUCACAGUCCAAAAAUGAAAAGUUUGAGAAGGACUUAAGUAAUGCAUCAGAAAAGCUGGCAGAAUCAAAUGAUGAAAUAGUUCACCUCAAGAGAGAGCUUUCUGCACAGAUCAGCCUGUUGGAUCAGUCCAAGAGGGAAGUGGAGAGGCUUAAAAACGAGAAUCUAACCUGGAGGAAAGAACUUCAGAAGAAGGGAGAUGAGCUGCAGCUUCAAAAGAGAGGCUACGAGAGAGAACUGGAGUUUCAUCUCCAGCAGCUGAAAUCUCUUCACAAAAGCGAAAUUUCGAACCUGGAGGAGAGGCAUGGUGCUGUUGAGAGAGAAAAAGAUCGGGCGGUGAGCGAGGCUGAGGGCUUGCGGGAGGCAGCCAGCACCAAGGACUGUCAGAACAAGCGGCUGCAGGCGGAUCUGAACGCAGCUCUGGCACGGCUGGCUGCCUUCACCAAGUGCAUGUCCUCCCUCCAGGACGACAGGGACAGGGUCAUCACCGAGAUGAAAACGUGGGAGGCGCAGUUCAAAGAGGCCAUCCAAAACAAGGAGAGACAGCUGGAAGACAGUAACAGGAGAAUAGCGGCCUUGCAAGAUGAGCUGAAAGAGAAAAUGACUCAGAUUCAAGAACUGAAUAUCAAAUAUUCCGUGGUAGAGGAAACGAAGGAUGAGCUGUACUUGAGGCAAAAAUCUGUUGAUAUGCAGCGCUAUGAAGAGCUGUGCAGGAUAAAGGAAGAAAAUACCUUCUUUUUUAACAGACAGCAAGAGCUGGAGAGCGUUCUUCAGUCCAAAGAAGAAGCUUUGCAAGCACUCCUGAAAGAGAAUAAUUCUCUUAAUCAUCUCAUAGAGAAUAGUAAGAGUGCAGGAAGGGAGAUAAAAGCUCUGGAAAAUAAUUUUACCAGACAGGAGCAAGAAUUGCAAGAGCUUCUAGCAGAGAAGGAGAAAAUGAGUGCUGAAUUGCAAAAGCAGGUAACCAUUUCUGAGCAAAUGAAGAUCAUGCUAAAUAAUAAAGACAAAGAAAUUUCCUUACUCAUUGCUUCAAAAGGGGAUGAGAUUUCAGAUUAUCUGAUUCAGGUGCAGACCCAACAUAGGAAUCAGAUCAAAGAGUAUGAACUUCAGGUCAGGUCCCUGCAGAUGGAGAAACAACAAGCUGAGGAAUCCCAUCAGAGGCUGGCAAACGAGCUGAGAAAUCUCCAGGUGAAAGCAGAAAAAGCAGAUCAGGAUAAGGCUGCGAUGGCCAGUGAAGUGGAUGCCUUUAAAAAAUCCAUGUCAUCUCUCCAGAACGACCGGGAUGAUCUUUUUACCAGGUACAAGGAGCUGCAACAUCUUCACCAGGAUGUCCUAAACCACAGGGACAGUCUUCUAGUUGGCAGUGCAAGUGAGACUAAUGCUUUGAAACAGGAGUUAAAGGUCCUCCUCAACAGGAUAGAUGAUCUGCAUUCUGAAAAUGCAAUGUUGAGUGCCCAGCUGAUAAAAUACAGGGAAGAUCUUAACCAGGUUUUAUCUCUGAAAGACCAUCAGCUGAAGGACUUGCUUAAGCAGAAAUUGGAGUGUAUUAAAAGCCUUGAACAUGAAAAAUACGAUCUUCAAAAACAAAUAAAAGAGAUGCAGCUUUCCAGUGAACUGCAGAGGGGGGCUGCUGUGGCUUUGGAGCAUGAGAAUAAAAAAUUGGCAUCUAAAGUAAGUGAUUUAGAGUCUCUAAUUGCAUCACUAAACAAAGAGAAACUUGUUUCUGAAUCUGGAGAGAAGCUGCUAAGUAGUGAGAGUAUCCAGAAAAAAGAAUCCAGUCGGUACAGUGGGACUCUUUUGAAACUUGAAGAUGGAGAUAAACCUGAUGCUUGUGCAGAGAUGUUGCUGGAAGUUCAGUCUCAAAACAGUGAGCUGAGAUCCCAAAACGAGGCCUUUGGGAAAGCAAUGACCGCUCUGCAGAACGACAGAGAUCGGAUCAUAGAGGACUUCAAAGCUCUUCAGAGCAAAUACUCCUCUGAGCUCAAGGCCGAAAGGAAAAAAGGAGAGGACCUUGCUGCUGAGCUGGAGGGGUUUAAAUCCCGUCUCAUGAGUAUCCUGAAGGAAAACUCCCUUCUGCAUGGGGCUGGCCUUGGUGCUGCAGGUCAGGUCACCCUCGCUGAGGUGGCUGAUGCCAUCGGAGGCGUCUGUGGGACUUUGGCCAGCCGGGAGCUGGAGGUGAGCAGGCUCUCAGCCGAGUGUGGGAGUCGUGUCCAGCAGAUUGAGGCCUUUGCCAAGGCCAUGGCCAGCCUCCAGGAUGACCGAGACAAGUGGCUGCAGGAGCUCAGCCAGCAGAAGGUAACUCGUGAAGCCCAGCAGGGCACAGCCUCGUUUCCCAUUGAUGGCAGCAGCAUCAAUGAGAGAAACUCUUUCAAAAGUAGUUUGGAUGUGCCUCAGAACCAUGGGGAAACUUUGGCUAAAGAAGGAGCCAGCCUUGCAGCUGUUGAAAUAUCCAAGCUGAAGACCAAGGUGGAUGAUUUGGAGAAGGCUUUGCAUCAGACAAAAGCCUUCCAGGCAGAAACAGAGAGAGAGAUCACAUCAUACCAGAACGAGCUGGCUGCAUUAAGAAUGGAAAAAAACCUCCUCCUCUCCGAGUCCCAGGCACUGAGGAAUCAGUGCCAGCUCACGGUGGCUGAGAAAGACCGGCAGAUUGCAGAGCUCCAGAGGCUGCAGCAAGACACGAUGGGGAUGAAGAAGUCACUCCCUGCAGGCAGCAGUUAUCCAGUCCAGGCUUUGGAAACUGCCUCCCUUGCUGGGAGUGCAGAUGGAGCAGAGGAGAUGCAGCGUGUCCUGGCUGAGAAGAAGCAGCUGCAGGCCGAGCUGCAGCGCUGCCUGCAGGAGAUGCAGCAGAAGGACCUGCACUUGCAGCAGGUGAAUUCCAAGGUUGUGCAGUCAGCAGAGGAGAAUGCUGUCCUGUCUGCCCAGCUGAAGACUCUUUCCCAGACUCUGAGGGACAACCAGCUCCACUACACGGAUCUGCAGAAUCGGUACUUGAGGCUGGAGAGGGAAUACCAGGCAAUGCAGGUGGCAUCUUUCCAAGGCUCAGUCCAGGAUGAAACCAGAGCAGAGGUUCCCCCUGGAGCGCCGCGGGAGAGAUCUGGGAUUAUUGUGGAGACAGACAAUAUGGAGCUAAACGAGCUCAGGAAAAGGCUUGCAGAGACUGAGCAGCAGUAUGAGUCACUGCAGCAGGGUCUCUCCCAGCUCACAGAAACACUGGCGGAGGAGAAGAGGAGGAGAGAAGCUGCAGAAGAGGCUCUUGGACUCUCUGAGGAAAGAAGUAACAGGUUUGAAGUGGGCAGUUACGGGUCUGUCCCCAGUGACUUCACUGUCCAGAUGGAAGCUGAGGAGGAGAGGGAAGCCUUAAUCAUCAAUCCCAGUGAGCACGUUGUUGUGAGAAAGAUGAAGGGAGGAGCCCUCUCCUUGCGCCGCUGGCUGCGCGGGCGAAGCCUUUACUGCUCCAAGCUGCUGACGGCCCGAGCCAAAUCCCGCUAUUUAUUCCUCACCUACCUGCUCACCCUGCACCUCCUGGUCCUCCUGUGCCUCACUGGCGUGCUCUGAAUCCACUGCACUCCCUGGGGACUCCUUUCCCCGUGGGCAGCUCCAGCCUGGAGCCUCCUCACACCUACAAACCCCUGGGACACCACCACGGGAUCUCGAGCUCCUCGUGCAUAUCACACUUGCUCCAAAGUUGACUUGAACUGCUCUUUAACAGUGGGGUAUUGUUAUAUUUGCUAAGGAGAAAAGAUUCCCCUCUGCCCUCUAAGGAAACUGCUGCAUACCAGUUAUUUAAUAUUGUUGGUGGGUACAUAACUGGGUGAUCACUACUGAAUGGGUUGUAAAUGAUAUCUUUUCUAUACAGAUUUUAUUUUAAAGAGUUAAACUAUAAAUUCUAAAGGAAUAUCAAGCUAUUACUGUAUAUUGGCUUCUUGAUUAUAGCAAGAAGUUCUAUGGAGUGCAAUAAAGGAAAAACUACUGGAUUUUUGAUUUUC